AUGAAUAAUACUGGUUGAGAUAAACAAUGAAUAUUGGACAAUGCCAAGAAAUACAAAACAACCUCAUUUCGCCAAACUGUUGAAUAUCAGACAAGGUCUUCAAAAAAAGUUCAUGACCAAUUCAACUAAAGCUUAGUCACAGCUUAUAUAUAUAUAUCGAUUAAUUUAAUUUAACUACAAGAUGUCACACGUACGCACAAACAAAUGUAUUAAGAACAAUAUUUGGAGCAAUAGUUAUUGAACAACAUCCACUGUACUCAUUUGACAAUGUCAUUACAAAUUGAAUAACUGGAAUAAUACAAUUGAGUAAUAUUAUUAUUCUCAUUAUUAUUACUGCUAUCAUUAUUACUCAAUAUUAAUUAUUUCAUCUCUCUUUAUAUCAUUGUCAUUAUCGACUAUUUAUUAAUUGUAUGGGGUCAAGAACAAUUGCAUUGAUUGUUUGUCUACCAUUACUAUUGAUAGUUGUAGCAUUGGCAAUUGUAAUCUUCUGUUGUCUUCGAUCAAAAAAACGUGCUAAACAACGCACUAUACCAAAUGCAACACCAAAUCGCUUAUCUAGAUCUCAGCCAACUCCAACUUCAAAUUUUACUAAUAUUCCUGCACAAGCCCCAUAUCCAAUGAAUUCAUCUCAGAUCCCAUAUCCAAUGAGUACAUCUCAAACUCCAUAUCCUUUAAGUUCAUCACAGGGUGGUAUGCCAACAGCAGCAGCAGCAGCAGUGGGAUCGUCAGCACCUAACUUCGAUCAACCGCCGCCCUAUCCUGAAGCAUCUGAAUUUCCACAACAGCAACCACCACCACCAUAUUAUUCUAAACUCAACAACUAAAUAGAAAGAGAAAAAAGGAUCAUUCAAAAAUUUAUUCCAGAUGAAAUGAAUAAUGAAUAGAAAUCCAAAUGUUGAAAUCAUUGUUUGAGGAUUAAUUAAUUGGUCUACAUAUUGUUAAUUAUAUAUAUAUAUAAAUUAACAAAAUGAAUUUUUAAAUUUUUUUAUUUUUAAAAAUUAUUAUCAAACAUUACAAUUUCAUAAAUGUAAAAUUACAGUGAUGCAUCACUUUAUGUACAAAUGUCAAUGUUAUAUGGUGAAUAUUUUUGUUUUGUUUUUCAAAAAAAAUUCAUGAACGUUGUUAUGAUUAUUGAUAGGCAAAAUGGAAAGGAUCAAACUC